AUGAGUUCUAGUACAACAGUAGCUGUUUCAACAUCAACGACGCCUUUCGUAUGUUCAUCCUCACCCCCGACAUAUUAUCAAUAUACGACUGUCACACCAUCUCAAUGUUUAAAUUAUACAGUCAACACCGAUCCAACACGAAACAUUGGCUAUACAUCAUCGAUUAAUUACUGUGAUAAUGUAUCACCAUUCAUUAAUUCUACAUCUGUAUGGAUUCGUUUUCAAGAACCGGCAGGAGCAUUGAUGACCAAUUCACCUGUACCACCAAACUACUGUGGAGCAGUUGUCACUGGAUGGUAUGCUGGUCAAUAUCCACCAACUGUAUUUACUACAGUGACAAGUAUCGUCUGUUUCUACUACGGAACAAAUACUUGUAGUUCUUGCACUGUCAUAUCAGUGACGAAUUGUCUAACUUUUUAUGUUUUUUUACUUCCUCAACCACAAUCCUGUAAUUAUCGUUAUUGCACUUUGUAA